CAGCAGCAGCAGAAGCGGCGGCAGCGGAGCUCUCUCCACCCUGUCUGGUUGUAUGUCUGCAGUCUGCACUGCACCUGCACUCAACCACCUCCCACACUCUCUACGUCUUUCUCUGCCCCAAUAUUUCAUUAUUUAUUUCCGAUUGCUAUUUAUCUCUUCUUUUGUUCUUUCAUUUGUACAACAUUUCUCCGAUUGCUCAUGUUCUUUGAUUCCCUUCCGUGUGUUACCGAAAUUCUCCUUCCUACCAGCAUUUUCCUCCUCCAAAAUCGAUGCUGGCCUCCAUUUGUCUUCUGAUCCAAGCCGGCUGGAAUCCUCCAUCUCCUACCUGCAAGAUCUGAUACUCAAGGGGAAUCGAGUACAACUGUCCUGCAAUGAGGCCGGAGAAGCGGCUUGAAUCGGCGGUGUUCCAGCUCACCCCGACCCGCACCAGGUGCGAUUUAGUUGUGGUGGCGAAUGGACGGAAGGAGAAGAUAGCCUCUGGUUUGCUUAACCCAUUCGUCGCACAUCUUAAGGUUGCACAAGAGCAGAUUGCCAAGGGAGGCUAUUCCAUCACACUUGAGCCAGAUCCAGAGAUUGAUGCAUCAUGGUUUACCAGGGGAACAGUGGAGAGAUUUGUUCGUUUUGUCAGUACACCGGAGGUCCUGGAGCGGGUCACAACAAUAGAGUCUGAAAUAUUGCAGAUUGAAGAUGCCAUUGCCGUCCAGGUCAAUGAAAGUCUUGGUUUGAGAUCUGUAACUGUGGAAGACCAAAAUGGGAAAUCAGUGGACUGCAUGGAAGGUUAUAAGACAAGUUUUGAUCCUGAUGCAGAUAUGGCACUUGUUCCAUAUAAGGCUGGCACACAGCCAACUCUACCAGUGCAGAAUAAUGGUGGCACUCAGGAGGAGAAUUCAAAAGCUCAACUGCUCAGAGUGUUAGAGACUCGCAAGACAGUAUUACGUAAAGAGCAGGCUAUGGCCUUUGCACGUGCUGUAGCAGCAGGGUUUGAUAUUGACAACUUGGUGUAUUUGAUCACAUUUGCAGAGCGUUUUGGUGCUUCUCGCUUGAUGAAGGCAUGUACACAAUUCAUUGGGCUGUGGAAGCAAAAGCAUGAAACUGGACAAUGGAUUGAAGUUGAACCUGAAGCAAUGUCUGCACGCUCCGAAUUUCCUCCUUUUAAUCCUUCUGGCAUUAUGUUUAUGGGGGACAGCAUGAAGCAAACUAUGGAAACAAUGUCUGUUUCCAACGGAGAUGCAAGCGAAGAUGCUUCUAAAGCAGAUCAGAGGACAACUCAGCACUCUGGAGCUCCCCAUGAGUUCUUCCAUGGUCCAUAUCAGUCAGCAUAUCCACCGUGGGCUAUGCAUCCGCCUUACUCUAUGCAAGGCAUGCCUUACUAUCCUGGAAUGAACCCAUAUUACCCUCCCCCCUACCCCCCAAUCGAUGAUACCAGGUACCACCACUCUGAAAGGAGAGUAUCAAAGAAAUACUCCUCAGAUAGCAAGGACUCAGAAACUUCAGAUGACGAAAGUGACCAAAGCGGUUCAGAGAGGGAGACUUCUUAUGGUCACAGGUCCCAUAACAAGAAUAAAAGGACAGGCAAGAAGAAGCCCAGUGUGGUUGUCAUACGGAACAUAAAUGUAACAUCGAAAAGGCAUGGAUCAUCGGAUAUUGAAUCACAAACAGGUUCAGAUGUAGCAUCUGAGGACAGUGAUGAUCUGAACACCAAGUCCAGAAAGAAAAAGAAUAAGAGCUCAAGUUCAAAGAAGAAAGAUGCUAGAAAGAUCAUCCGUGAGUCUGCAGAUGAUUAUAAUAAGGAUGAAAUGUCAUAUGGGCAAGAUGGAGAUCAAGGGAACUGGAAUGUCUUCCAAAGUUUCCUGCUAAGAGCUGAUGAGAAGACAAGAGAUAGUGAUGCUGACCUGUUCGCCAGUGAAAACAAAUCACCCCCAGCAAGGAAGAAGGAGAGCACAAGCAUUGAUGAUUCUAUUCUCUUGACAGAGCGAGAUUCUGCUGGUGCCAAUGAAUGUAAUACAGUAGGUUUCAACAUAGAAAAUGGGAGGACUAGGCCGCGUCAGAUGCUGUCUGGUGAUGAACUUAUGAUGUCUGGGCAAGGUAGUGGCGUUGCUAGUGAUGGCAUAAAGAAGAUUGAAGGUGGAGAUGUGAGAUACAGGAGAGGAGCAAGUGAUGACUUCAUGAUUUAUGGGCAGGAAAAGUCAACAGACAGAGGGAGUUCUUUAGACCCUCUUGCAGAAGCACAGUACAAGAACCCCACACUGGUGGGGAAAAAUGCACACAGCAUGGCAGAUGAGUCCUUCAUGAUACCUCUUAGGUUCAACUCAGAUGAUAAUCUUGGACCAGAAAGUCGUACUGCCAUUGACAUAGAUGUUGAGCUUCCCUCAACUGUUCAGAAGAUAUCAGAUGCUAAAGCUGGUGGUCAGCUUUUCUAUGAGCCAGAUGAGUUGAUGCCAGAGCGUGGAUGCGAAAACAUUUCAUUUGGAUAUGAUCCAGCAAUGGAUUACAGUCAGAUGCAGAGCCAACCUGCCACCAUGGUUGAAGAUUCACCUGUGGAAGAGGCAGCGUUGACCAAUGCUGAUGAAGUAAAGAAGCCAGAGAAAGAUAAGAGGAUAAGAAGUUCGCAGGAGAGUUUGGAUAAACGAAGGAAAGAUGCUUCAAUGAGGAGAUUAUCAUCAUCAAAGGGCCCAAUGACUGAUGCACAGAAACGCGCACAAAACUUGCGAGCAUAUAAAGCGGAUCUUCAAAAGGCAAAGAAAGAGCAGAUUUCUAAUAAUUUGCAACAUGGAAUUGGCGAUUUUUCGCAUUUCCAGGAAGAGGAACAGAUGAAACGGCUAGAGAGGCUUAAGCUGGAGAGGCAAAAGAGAAUCGCUGCAAGAAGUAGCACUUCCAGUGCAUCAACCACACCGCAGCAGCCCAAAGUGAAACCUUCUUCCAAGGUUUCUCCCAGUACCUACAAGAGCUCAAAGUUCAGUGAUGCAGAACCUGCAUCCUCUUCACCUCUCAGAAAAGUUCCUGCCAAAACUACCCCAGGAACUGACCCCCAUCCCCAAAAAACAGCAAAAGCAAGCAAACUAAUUGGUAAUACAAAUGCAGUUAGUAAGUCAACCUCAUCAUUGACAGAUAUGAAGAAGGAGAAAAGUGGGAAAGCCGAAUCGUCCAGUGAGCGAUUGAAAAAACUUGCUGAACCUAAAACCAGCAGUUUGACUGACCAUCCUUUGAAUCCCAAGUCAGCAAGCGUGGACCACCCACGGAGAAGAAGCAUGCCACAGGAUACCCAAAGAAAGAAAAUUUCAGCUAUAAUGCAACUUGACCAGAGUAAAUCAGCAACACUACCAGAACUGAAAGUCAAAUCCCCACAAGCUCCUGCUGUUGUGAAUAAUGCAGUUGCUGCCAAAGAAAAGAAAGUGGUUUCACAUGGAGCUGAAGCUCCUACAACAGAAACUUCUGGUGUAAAUAAAAUUAAUGGUAACAUCUCAAGGAUGAACAGCAGUGAUGACAGUGUGGUGGUUGAGAAAACUGUUGUGAUGCUUGAAAAUGAGGUGGUUUCAACACCUCCAGUCAUUCUACAUUCUGGAAGAAAUGCAGCAAAGGAAACUUCUAGUGAUGACAGGACAGAGAAGCCCAGUCCAGAAUUGGAGUAUACUGCCAUCAGAGGUCCACCUUCUCCACUUUUUGUUCCGGAUGCUGAGAGCUCUGUCACCAACGGACCUGAUGACCAGGGGAACUCAUACGAGGUGGUGACCGAGUGUCGAAAGGAUGAACCUGAGAGGCCAUCCUUGGCUGCCAUGGAGAAACCCUACCAGGCCCCUUUUGCUAGGGUAACAUCGCUGGAGAAUGCUUCAGACUACAGUCCAUUGCCUGUGCGAGAAUCAGAAUCACUUGUGCCUGCAGAUAACAUUAAGGCUCGAGUACCUGAUCCUGUGCACUCUUCAGUUGACGGCAAUGAGGUAAAUGAAAAACCUCGAAGCAAAGAGCCAAAAGGAUUUAGGAAACUUUUGAAAUUUGGCAGGAAAAGCCAUGCUUCAGCCUUGACCGAGGGUGCAAUGGAUUCCGAUACAUCAUCAGUUGAUGAAGCCCCAGCAGGAGAUGGGUCGAUGCUGAAGAAUCUCAUUUCACAAGAGGACUCUGGUGCUUCUUCUAAAGCUUCUCGGUCGUUUUCCCUGCUGUCACCAUUCCGCAGCAAGCACAAGGUGAUUGUACUGUGAACAUGGAUCAGCAGCAGUUGGUAGGAAUAUCACAGUACAGUACAUACUUUUGGGGAUGAGUUUGGAACAGCAUCGUUUUUCUUUCUAGUAUAUACACGAAUACGUAAUUACGUACAUACUAUACGGUGGCCUCGUCUGUAAACAGCCUAUGUGAAGCUUAUGUAUGAUGGUUGGUUGGUUUGCAUUGCAUUUGUACAUUCCCCUGCAAUUUUGUACCCAAACUAUUGGUGGUGUCGUGUGAUGGUACACUCCAGCUGCACCGCAGUUCUUGUAUGAUUGUGAAAGGAAUAUAAUACAGCCUGUCAGCAUCUUAAAAUCAAA